AUGGGAAAUCAUGUGGUGCUUUUUAUCUUUGAUAAUAUGUCUGAAGAGGAAAGGAUCAUUGAAAAUCAACCUUGGAAUUUCGACAAGCAUUUGGUGGUCAUGGAAAAAUUUGAGGAGUCCUCGAAACUCAAUGAGUUAACUUUUGAUAAAGCGUGGUUUUGGGUGCAAGUUCAUGAUAUCCCAGUCCAUUUUAUGUCAAAACAAGUGGCAGAGAACAUUUGUGAUAUUGUUGGAGAGGUGCAUAGGUUGCCGGAAUCAACUGAGGAUGAUGGAGGAAAAUUCAUACGGGUUCGUGUUAGACUGGAUAUUAAUCUUUCGCUAUGCCGAGGGAGAGUUAUUACGGUGGAAAACGGUAAGAAGUCUUGGGUGCGGUUUCAAUAUGAGCGACUUCCAAAUAUAUGUUAUUGGUGUGCGAGUCUGAAUCACAAUGAUAGGGACUGUGAAGUGUGGAUUCAAAGCAGGGGAACAUUGACAUCAAAGCAAAAACAAUUUGGCCCCCAUCUUAGAGCCGAACCUUUCCAGUCAAGAGGGAAGAAUGUAUUUUUUGUUUCAAGAAUCCUUGACAAAGAGGUCCCCAAGACGAUGAAAACAAAGGUGUCAGAGGUUAACAAUGGUGUCCCAAUGGAGGUGGGAGUUCAUGGGAGUGACACGGUGGAGAUGGAGACAGGUAGGGCUGAUAGUGAAGAGGCUGAAACUCAUAAUGAGGUAAUGACUUCAUAUGGAAAGCAAUCAAUGAUGGUAGACCUUGGGAAGGAAACGGAAAAAUUAAAUUCCCACAAUAGCACAAUCUCGAAAAUCCCUCCUCUUAAUAAUUCGGGAUUGGCUUUGAAUGAGAGUAAUAUCAAUUAG